CUCACCAUUCCAGAAAUAAACUUCAAAACAAGACUUUAGUGCUAUAAACAAUAGACAAGGAAUUACUUAAAAACAGCUCGUCAAUAUGGACUUUGAGGAUGAAGAGGAGGCUGUGCAGCCGCACUACGCACAGAAAUUCCGGGCGCCCAGUGAUCCUAUCCUGUUAGCUGAAUACGAGCUCUUCAAGCCCUCGCCACAGACAUUGAAUCUAUACAGCGAACGGAACCGCGAGGUUUUUGCCGAGGCCUUUAUCGAGGGCAAGCUGGACACCUUGGAAAAUCUGUGCGUUAAGAGUCUGGCCACGCUGGGUAUCCGGGGUAUAUCGCCUACUUUGCUGGCGAGUCCGGAGCUGAUGAGGGUCUUUUACGACGCCUUGGAUGUGGAGUUGCCCUUAAGUGAAUGCUAUUUAAUCGAGGACCAGCGCUUCUGGCGCCGCGUGGUGCUCAGCAAGACUCUGGACAAGACGCUGCACCUGAAGCGCUGGAACGAGUUCGACUGGAAGUCGGAGGGCGUGAGCCGGAAGUUCGUGGAGCAGGUCGAGACCUGCCCGGUAAACGUGAAGCCGGAAAAGAGGCUGGCGCAGUUGGCAGAAAAGGUUUGGGAGUGCGUCAACUCCAUGCACGUGCGCAAGCUGCAGCCGCUGCCCGACUACGCCUUCCUCAGGUACAUCGAGAGCGACCCCGAGGACGAUGUAACCUCCGACUCCUCGGACGAAGAGGAGGUCUCCAGCGAUGAGCCCGACACCGAUCUGGGCAUCGACGGCGAGGGCGAGGAGGAGGAGUCGAGUUCAAGUAGCGAGGCCGCCAUCCAAUUCUUUCGCGUGGAAAGCGAGGACGAGGACACUGCCCGCCGAAAUGCCCGACGUCAGCGCAAUGCCAACCGCCAGCUGGCGCGGGACUCCAUUGCCAAGAAGCGGGAGCAGCACGAGGAGCGCAAGAUAAGGCGCCAGGAAAAGCGGGACGCACUAAGUCAUCCGGACCCGUCCGCCAAGAAGAAAAAGAAGAAGAAGAAGGAGCCGCCCAUACAGGACGUGUUCAAUAUCAACGUUCCGCCUGAAAACGAGGAUGACGAGGACACAAAGCCGGACAAGCGCAACAAGCAGCUGAUGCUGGAGCGGAUCAAGCGCUACGACUACCCAGAUGCCCAUUGCCAUCACAUCGAUCUGGGAUUUGUUCGCUAUUUCGGCAACAUGGUGUCCUUCACGUUGGAGUUUUUGGGACCUCCGCAUGUGUCAGACUAUCACAGCCGCGUUAUGAAGUUUUCAGCCGGCGAUAUGGUGCGUCUGAGCAGAGGGCUACGCUGUUUGCCGAACCUGAAGACUUUCAAGCUGCGAAACGGGCGGAUGGAUCUCAAGAAGUUUCGUAUUUUGGCCCGCGCUCUGGGAACCAUUGAUUCGCUGGAAGAGGUGGACUUCGGUUACGACCAAAUGACGGAUGAGUGCAGCGAAGGGCUGUCCUACUUGCUGAAGCGGCCGAGGAUGUACCGCAUAAUCCAGCUGGAGUACAAUCGUCUGGGCACCAACUCUGCGGUGGUCCUGGGCGAGGCCCUCAGCGAAUCCCAGGAGGGGGUGUUGGAGUACCUGGGACUGGCCCACAACCCGUUGAACGAAUUGGCCAUCCACUCCCUCAUCUCGGGCUUCAUCGGCACCCCGCAUGUGAUGUCUUUCAACAUCUCGGGGAUCGACAGCACCCAGGGCGCCUUUGCUCGGGAUAUUGGCACCUUGCUCCGCAGCCACACACCGCUGGUCAGCCUCGAGAUGGCCGCCAUUAACAUCGGUACCUCCCAAGGAGUUCAAAUACUAAGGUCUCUGGAGAAGAAUUUCAGGGUCUUGUACGCGGACUUCCGGGACUGUGAUAUGGGCAACGAUCAGGAGUUCGAGGUGGACAUGAUAAUUCGUCGUAACAACUACGUGGAAGAGAACAUGCAUCAUGGCGAGAAUCUGUGUGCGGUCAUCAAGGAGCGCCGUCAUCCGAUUGUCCAGCGGAUCGAGGAGGACUUCACGAGACGCAGGGAGUGCCAGAUGGUGCGACCGAAGUUCUCCAGCUCCAGCGAGGAGAGCAUUGCCGAGGUGGUCGAGGAGAAGAAGGUGGUGGAGGAGGAGCGGGACAUCUGGGCCCUCCUGGCCCGAUGGAACCAGCCGGCUGAGCCCGAAGUGAAGACCUCGGUGAUCGCCAAGGAGACGCCCCGCCCCUCGAUGGCAAAGCCCCCGCCCUUUGUCUACGAACCGAAUCAAUUCGAUCUGGAGCAGUUCCGGGAGUCUGUCUUUCUGCCUGGGCCUGGCAACCGCUUUUUCUACCUGCAGAAGAACAAAACUCCCUGAUUUCUAUCGGUUUCCACUACCAAUAAUUGCAUAACAUUGUACUCUGAGUAUAUUUUCGAAGCAUUAAAGGAAACACACUUAGCCUGAA